CGAGAAUUCUCGAUCCUUCGUCGGAUUUCUCAUCCCUACUUCAUCCCUCCUCAUUCCCGCCACUUCCAUCUCACGUAUUUAAACGCCUUGGUUCUCAAUAUGACGCCCUCAAUUCUUAUCGCCCCGUCGCAGUCGAGCUCAACCCCUGAAAGCUUCACUGAGAUGUCUAACGGCGACGUUGAGGCUAUUGGCGCCCACUGCCAGAUGGCCUACUGCCAUGUACUUGAUUUCCUCCCCUUCCGGUGUGAGAGUUGCCGGGGGACUUAUUGCCUUGACCACCGAUCGGAAACCUCGCACAAAUGUCCCAAGGAAGGAGAAUGGGCACGGAAACGCAACGCCCUCAACGCGAGCACGAAUGCAUCCCUCCCGAAGCCCUCCCUACUGAACCACGACCACCAGUGCUCUGACACCAGCUGUAAGAUGCUGAUCUAUACGAACCGCAUGCCAGGCAAUCAUUGCACGACCUGCAACCGCCACUACUGCCUAAAGCAUCGCAUGCAAGAGGACCACGAUUGUAAAAACUUGAAGCUGAUAGGAGCGCGGCCCACCACUAUUUCCGAGGGGCAGAAGGCCGUGAAGUCGGCGCUAUCGUCGUUUCGGAAGGCUUGGGGCGCCAGAGCCAGGGCUUUCGAAAAUACUAGAGAAACUAAGGUUGCGGCCUUCGCUGAGAAGUUCAAGACGAAGGAAGAGAAGACCGCUGCACAGCGGCUGAAAGAGAUAAAUGAGCUGAAGAAGACAGCAAGGGGUGAAUCAUCGAUUCCCCAAGACAAGCGAAUAUACCUCCACGUCAAAGCCUCCGCCGAUACCACGAAAUCGAAAUACCCGAGCGGCAAAUUCUUCUAUAACAAGGACUGGACAGUCGGCCGCGUCCUCGAUCUUGCGGCGAAAGCACUCCAAGUCGAGAACGUGAACAACCGUGGUGGAGGCGAAGAGGACAAGCUGAGAGUCUUCCACGUCGAGGGAGGAAGACCGCUGAGGUUCAGUGACAAGAUUGGUGCUCCGUGUCAGACGGGGAAUACGAUUGUCUUGCUAAGGGGAGUGGGGGAUCCGGAUUUGAUUGAACUUUGAGCAGCAUCACAUUGCAUCGCGUUGAUUUGGUUUUCGUUUGGGUUUUGGGUUCGUGAUACCCAUGAUAAUGAUAUUAUGACAUC